AAUAUUCCGGUCCCAUCCGUUCGGGCUUCCCCCCGCCCGAGUUGUUCGAUGGGAGAAAGGUCCUCCGAUGUUAUCUAAGUUAUUCUCGUACGCCUCAGGUCGUUAUCCAUCCGACGUCUUCGGGUCAGGUUGUCAUGCAGCCUGGGACAACGAUGGCCGCUCCUCCUGUCAAACCUCUCACGGUACAAACAAGUCAUUCCGGUAACGUGCAGAAUUCAGGAAGCACUCAGAACACAGCAUCCCAAAUGUCUCCGAACACAGCCAAGAAAAAGUGCAAAAACUUCUUAGCCACUCUGAUCAGGCUUGCGUCCGAUCAGCCAGAGCAGACGGCGGCCAACGUCAAAGCUCUCAUCCAAGGUCUCAUCGACGGUAACAUACCGCCGGAAGACUUCACCACGCAGCUGCAGCGGGAACUGAAUUCGUCUCCGCAGCCUUGUCUGGUGCCUUUCUUGAAGAAAAGUCUUCCGCAUCUGCGACAGUCUCUCAUGACGAAAGAGCUUUCGAUAGACGGAGUUCGCCCACCGCCUCCAGGAUCGUUGACGAUAGGUCAACCAGGGGUUCCUCAAGCCAUCAUUCGCUCCGCUCCCACGACUACCGUCCGACUUCUCCAUCCCACCCGGAUGGUCACCGUAACGCCCUCACCUAGAGCCAUCCUGAACACUGGCCACAUGAUCUCAACCGGGAUGACGAAGAGCAUCGUUGUCCAAGCGCCGACGCCGAACAAGCCAAUGAAGGACAUCAUCGCCAAGCCUGUCGUCCAGCAGAAACCUCCUGGAGCCGCGCCGAAACCUCAGGUGAUUCGGAGCGUUGUCACCGCGGGUCCGAACGAAAAAGUUCGAUACGGCUCGGCGCUGCGCGAGGACGACGACAUCAACGACGUCGCAGCGAUGGGUGGUGUGAAUCUCCAGGAGGAAAGUCAACGAAUUCUGGCGAGCAGUGACAUCGUCGGAGCGACAAGGAGCUGCGGUGACGACGUUUUCCUGAAUAGCUCGGCUCUCGAGAAGCGAAUCCAUGUGAUCGCGAAGAAGCACGGUCUGGAUUCGGUCGACUCCGACGUCAUCAAACUCAUGUCCCAUGCGGUUCAAGAAAAAUUGAAGGGUUACAUCGAGCGAUUGAAUAUAAUCAGUGAGCACCGAGCUGAGCCCCCGGCGUUCAAGGCCGAACCAGCGAAAUUCGAACCCACCAGCGAUGUCCGAUCUCAGCUCCGAUUUCUGGACGAGCUCGACAAAUUGGAGAAGAAACGCCACGAAGAGCACGAACGAGAGUUACUCAUACGAGUGGCGAAGUCUCGAAGUAAAGUCGAAGAUCCAGAGCAGCAGAAAUUGAAACAACGAGCCAAAGAGAUGCAAAAAGCUGAAAUGGAGGAAAUGAGACAACGGGAAGCGAACAACACCGCGCUCCAGGCCAUCGGUAUCCGGAAGAAGCCGCGUUUGGACGGAGGCCUGGGGGCCUCGGGACCGGGCGGCGCUAAAGUUCUCCGACCACGGAUCAAGCGCGUGAACAUGAAGGACAUGCUAUUUAUGUUAGAGAGUGAUAAGCACUGGAUGCGGAGCAACUUUAUUUAUAAGAGUUACUUGAAGUGAGCGGAAGAGCAGCGAGCGCUCCGGAACUGUCGCUGGCGAUCUCUCUGAAUCCGCGGGGCCAUUUUGCCGCGGUUUUUUCUACCUGCCCUUGUUGAAGUGAGAAAAGAUAAUCGUUUGUAUAUCUCCAAGCUUCCCCAUUACCGGCGAUUCACACUCCGUCGUUGAACAUACAUAUAUGUAGGUUGUCAGACCACGAGGCCGUUUUGUAUAGAAGUGCAAUCAAUCACUUUGUUCCGAGAACUUCCGAAAGGCAUGGAUUUUUAUCAGGUUCGUUGUAGAGUGUACCGAGCGCUGUUGGGGCGGAGCGCGAUGUGCGUCGACGAAUAUUUCGAACGGAGCGAGGCGGAUUAUCAGGAAAUGACAUCUGGUCACGUCUACAAGAACUGCUCGGAGGAACGACAAAUACUAUUCUCGACUUCGAUUGUGAAUAAAAAUUAUCAUGGAGAACAUGGU